AUGGUGUCUGGCAGUGAUGAUGACGAUGAUGAUAACUAUGGUUGGUUUUGUGUUGGGAUGUACUCAAUGUGUGGUGAAGUACAGGGUAAUAUGGCUAAAUCGAUAAUACCUCCAGCCCCCAGAGGUUUAAAUGUUAUUGCCGAAUACACUUUAAGCUACGAAUUGCCAACGGAUUUUCAUGCUUUUCACAAGAAACGAACAAAAACCACAAAAAGACCCGUCUCUACGAUCGCUACAACAAGUUCAUAUCCCUUCUUUGAACAUCAUCACAUGAUUGUUCCCUACAAUCAUGAUUAUUAUUAUAAAAUUCAUCCGGAAUAUUUGAGUGAACACGCAAUACGAAGAAAAUACUCUUAUUCUAAGAAAAAUAUGCUGCAACGAAAGUGUUUCAAAAGGAAUUUCUAUGAUUACAAACGCAAAGGGUCGAGCAUUUGCUUAAAUCGGGCCAAACGUAAUGAAGUUUGGAGUAUUAACGAGUUGACCGUUACCCAAAGAAUGUUUUUCGAUUUGAUCGAAAAAUGGUCUUUACUUCAUGGCUUUUUACCGCGUUACUGUUUCAUGCGAACUUUAUGUGAAUCAUCAGAAUUGUUGCUGCCGUACGGACAUUCCUUGUUGCACGACAUCAUUCAUAUAUUGCUGAGGUACACCAAACCUUGGGCUUUUCAUCAUAAAAUAUUUGGUCGUUCAUUAAGGCAGCGGUAUCCUAUCGAUGAAUGUGCUAAAUUGUAUGGUCCAUAUUGUCGUGUAAGUUGGUUGGAUUUCAUAACCAAUGUGGUGCACGGCACAAGGGCGGUAGAUUUUAUGCGUUAA